AUUGAUAUGCUUGUCUCCCUAGUGAUUGGUGCCAGCAUCUGCCUUGUUUUUUUUUCUGGUCUGGCUAAUAACCGCCUCAGCCACACCAGCUCAGAUCUGCUAAGCCACAACCCAACCAGCAUCCCGACUCAGUCCAACAGCACGCCUUACAAGGCAACCCUACUGUGGCUCCUUGAUACAGCCUCUCAGCCACCCCCAAGCAACAACGCAUCAACCUGCCUGCUUCAAAAAUUAAAAAAAAAAACAUAA